AUGAUUUUAUCAGUUUUAUUAUCAUCAAUUGUAAUAUUGAUAAUUGCAAUCUAUUUCUAUAUAAAAUGGAAAUAUUAUACAGUACAUGGUACAAUUCCUGGUCUAGAACCAGAAUUUUUAUCUGGUAAUCUUCGUCAACUUGGCGUUGUUUCAUCAAAUAGAGAAUUAAUUGAUUCAUAUGGUUAUGCUUGUGAAAAAAUGCAAAAAGUCUAUGGAGAUAUAUUUCAACUUUGGAUUGGUAUUAAUCAUUAUUAUGUAUUUUGUCGUCCUGAUCAUGCUCAAGAGAUUUAUACUCAUCGUAAUAUAUUUGACCUUGCUAAAAUUCGUACAAAAACAUUUGGUUUAAUAAGUGAACAUGCACUAGUUACACUUAUUGGUCCAGAAUAUAAACGACAUGCAAAAGCUGUUUUACCAAUGUUAAAAAAAAAUAAAUUUAUACCACAAAUUCCUAUUAUGACAAAUUGUGUUGAUAAAUUAAUUACAAUUUGGAAGGAACGAUAUGAAAAUAAAGAUAAUAUAAUUUGUACAUGUAUAGUAAGUGAUAGUCAACAAUUAAUGUUAGAUAUGUUUACAUUAAUUGCAUUUGAUUAUGAUUUUGGUAAUUUAAAUAAUUUAUUAAAAUCUGCUAAAUCAUCUGAUUCUAAUGAUAAAUUUGAAUUAUCUGAUUUGGGUAAGGCACUUGCCAUUUGGUUAAAUGGAUUUCAACGUGUUACAGUAAAUGGAAUGCCAGCUUUUAUCAAUUAUUAUUUAUUAAAAUUUGAUAAAAUAUAUCAAAAUGCUUUAAAACUACUUGAAAAUUAUUCAUACAAAAUUAUUUCAAAAUGUCAACAAGAAACAGAUUUAAAUAGGAAAGCAAUUAAUCUUGUUGCAUCUUUAGUAUCAACAUUACAAGAAGAUGAAGCUGCUGAAAUGUUAAAACAUGAAGAAGAUAAAACAGGAUUAACUAAACAUGAAUUAUUAGGUGAAGUAUUAUUCUUACUUUUAGCUGGUUAUGAGACAACUGCAAGUGCUAUAUCAUGGUUUAUUCAUUUUGUAAGUAAAUAUCCUGAAAUUCAACAAAAAAUGAAAGAAGAAUUAAAACAUAAUGGUAUUACAAAAGAAACAUCUUUGGAUGAUGAUGAUCUAUUGCAUAAAUGUGAAUAUAUAGAUUGUGUAAUUAAUGAAACAUUAAGAAUAGCACCACUAGCUGUUGGCUCAUUUCGAACACUUACCAAAGAUGCUAUUAUUGAUGGAGUAAAAGUUCGUCAAGGAGAGACAGUUUUAGCUGCAUUUUCAGUUAUGCAACGUGAUCCUAGAAAUUGGAAAUUAGAUCCAACACAAUUCAUUCCUGAACGAUUUUAUGGUAUUGAUGCACCCGAUCGUAAUCAUCAUUCAUUUGCAUUUUUACCAUUUGGUGGUGGACAUCGAGUUUGUGCUGGACAAGAAGCGGCUCGUUUAGAAUUAAAAGUUAUUAUUAUUCGUUUAAUGCAAUUUGUAACAUUUACUGAUGCACCUGGUAAUAAUGGUGGACGUUAUCAACGGGUCACAGUUAUGCCAAAAGAAGUGGCAGUUUCAAUUAAAUUUGAUUAA